GGCAAAGAAGCUGUGCGGAACUAUUGUUUCCCGGAACUGAAUAGUUGCUUCCAGGCGGAGUUCGGAGCACAACACCCGGGGCAAGAUGGCGACCGGGCUUCGGUCGCUGCCCCGGGUCUGGCGAAACUCGGGGGUAUCGGGCUGAGGCGGCGGUAGCUGCGGCCCAGACCCCGAGUGCGGGGGCCUCGAACCGAUAAAGAUCUCCGGACUGCGGGCCAGAAAAUCCAACUCCUCUGAAGCCAGAGGCUGCAGGCGUUCACUGAUGGUCACCUAGGAUCUCCGCUGCACAGGCAGGUCCUCAGGCUCCACGUCCAUUUGCAAACAUGUUCACUGUAUCUCAGACCUCCAGAGCGUGGUUCAUUGACAGAGCCCGGCAGGCGCGAGAGGAGAGGCUGGUGCAGAAGGAGCGGGAGCGCUCUGCGGUGACCAUCCAGGCCCUAGUCCGCAGUUUCCUCUGCCGGAGGCGACUGCGCAGACACCUCAGGGACGAGAUUGAUGAGUUUUUUAAUGCUGAUGAGUCUGGGUCCAGUAAAAGAAGUGCACUUUGUAUUUUUAAGAUUGCCAGGAAACUGCUGUUCAUAUGCAAAACUACCGAGGACCAAGAGAGACUGGAGAAGUUGUGUCGCAGCAUCCUGAGUAGUAUGGAUGCCGAGAAUGAGCCAAAGGUAUGGUACGUGUCCCUGGCUCUGUCCAAGGACCUCACUCUGCUGUGGAUUAAGCAGAUCAAGAGCAUCCUGUGGUACUGCUGUGAGCUCCUCGGACAGCUCAAGCCAGAAAUUUUACAGGACUCCAGGCUCAUCACGCUGUACCUCACCAUGCUUGUGACCUUCACGGACACUUCAACAUGGAAGAUUCUACGGGGGAAAGGUGAGAGCCUUAGGCCAGCCCUGAACCACAUUUGCGCGAAUAUAAUGGGCCAUCUCAACCAGCGAGGACUUUACUCUGUGCUGCAGGUACUGCUGACCCGAGGCCUGGCCAGGCCCCGGCCCUGUCUGUCCAAAAGCAUGUUAACAGCAGCCUUCUCUCUGGCCCUGCGCCCCGUGGUUGCUGCGCAGUUCUCAGACAAUCUGAUGCGGCCCUUCAUCAUCCAUGUCAUGUCGGUACCUGCGCUCGUGGCUCACCUCAGCACCGUGGCCCCUGAGCGCCUCGGUGUUUUAGAGUCCCAUGACAUGCUUCGUAAGUUCAUCGUCUUUCUGAGAGACAGAGACCGAUGCCGCGACGUCUGCGAAAGUUUAGAAGGCUGCCACACCCUGUGCCUCAUGGGCAAUAUCCUACACUUGGGCUCCUUCAACCUCAAGAUGUUGGAGGAGGAGACAGACGGGUUUGUGAGCUUGCUCACCCAGAUGCUGUGCUACUGUCAGAAGUACGUGUCCCAGAAGAAGUCCAACCUGACCCACUGGCACCCUGUGCUCGGCUGGUUCUCCCAGUCUGUGGAUUACGGCCUCAAUGACUCCAUGUACCUGAUCACCAAGCAGCUGCAGUUCCUGUGGGGCGUGCCUCUCAUCCGCAUCCUCUUCAGUGACAUCCUCAGCAAGAAGCUGCUGGAGCACACAGAGCCACCCCCGGCGCAGCCGCAGCCAUCCUCACCGCAGACCGUGCUCCCCAUGAAGAGUCUCCUCAAGCGUGCGUUUCAGAAGUCGGCUUCUGUUCGGAACAUCCUCAGGCCUGUCGGGGGCCGACGCGUAGACUCGGCUGAGGUGCGGAAGGUCUGCAGCAUCUGUGUGCUCUACCAGACCUCGCUGACGACCCUCACCCAGAUCCGCCUGCAGAUCCUCACAGGUCUUACGUACCUUGAUGACCUGCUGCCCAAGCUCUGGGCAUUUAUCUGCGAGCUGGGGCCCCAUGGAGGGCUAAAGCUCUUCUUGGAGUGCCUGAACAGUGACACCGGAGAGUCCAAGCAGCUCCUGGCCAUGCUGAUGCUCUUCUGUGACUGUUCCCGCCACCUCAUCACCAUCCUCGAUGACAUCGAAGUCUAUGAAGAACAGAUCUCGUUCAAGCUGGAGGAGUUGGUCACCAUCUCCUCAUUCCUCAAUUCCUUCGUGUUUAAGAUGAUCUGGGACGGGAUUGUAGAGAAUGCCAAGGGCGAGACCUUGGAGCUGUUCCAGUCCGUGCACGGCUGGCUAAUGGUGCUGUAUGAGCGAGACUGCCGCCGGCGCUUUGCUCCUGAGGACCACUGGUUGCGAAGGGAUCUCAAGCCUGGCGUGCUCUUCCAGGAGCUGGACAAGGACCGCAAGAGGGCUCAGCUGGUCCUGCAGCACAUCCCCCAUGUCGUGCCUCACAAGAACAGAGUUCUUCUGUUCCGGAACAUGGUUAUCAAGGAGAAGGAGAAGCUGGGGCUUGUGGAGACCAGCUCUGCCUCUCCCCACGUCACCCACAUCACGAUCCGCAGGUCCCGGAUGUUGGAGGACGGCUACGAACAGCUGCGGCAGCUCCCCCAGCACGCCAUGAAGGGCGUGAUCCGAGUGAAGUUUGUCAACGACCUCGGCGUGGACGAGGCCGGCAUUGACCAGGAUGGAGUCUUCAAGGAGUUUCUGGAAGAGAUCAUCAAGAGGGUGUUUGACCCCGCACUCAACCUGUUCAAGACAACCAGCGGGGAUGAGAGGCUGUACCCCUCGCCCACAUCCUACAUUCAUGAAAAUUACCUGCAGCUCUUCGAGUUUGUGGGGAAGAUGCUGGGGAAGGCAGUGUAUGAGGGGAUCGUGGUAGACGUGCCCUUCGCCUCCUUCUUCCUGAGCCAGAUGCUCGGGCACCACCACAGCGUCUUCUACAGCUCCGUGGACGAGCUUCCCUCCCUGGACUCGGAGUUUUACAAGAACCUCACCUCCAUCAAGCGCUAUGAUGGAGACAUCGCGGACCUCGGGCUGACGCUGUCUUACGAUGAAGACGUCAUGGGUCAGCUUGUCUGCCACGAACUGGUUCCUGGAGGGAAGACCAUCCCGGUUACAGAUGAGAACAAAAUUAGCUACAUCCAUCUGAUGGCACAUUUUCGAAUGCACACUCAAAUCAAAAACCAGACAGCUGCCCUCAUUAGUGGCUUCCGUUCCAUUAUUAAGCCCGAGUGGAUCCGAAUGUUCUCUACCCCUGAGCUUCAGCGUCUCAUCUCCGGGGACAACGCUGAGAUCGAUCUGGAAGACUUAAAGAAGCACACGGUGUACUACGGUGGCUUCCAUGGGAGCCACAGAGUCAUCAUCUGGCUCUGGGAUAUCCUGGCCUCCGACUUCACGCCCGAUGAACGAGCCAUGUUCCUGAAGUUUGUGACCAGCUGCUCCCGGCCGCCGCUCCUAGGAUUCGCCUACCUCAAGCCUCCGUUCUCCAUCCGCUGUGUGGAAGUGUCAGAUGACCAGGAUACUGGGGACACCCUGGGCAGCGUCCUCAGGGGCUUCUUCACCAUCCGCAAGAGGGAGCCAGGCGGGCGUCUGCCCACGUCUUCCACUUGCUUCAACCUGCUUAAGCUGCCCAACUACAGCAAGAAAAGUGUCCUGCGAGAGAAACUGCGCUACGCCAUCAGCAUGAACACGGGCUUCGAGCUCUCCUAACCCAGCCCAUCUCACCGCUACAGAGCCUUCGGCUCCUGGAGGUGGCACGCCCCCAGGAGUGUGGCCAGGGUACUGCAGCCCUCAGCCCCUCCAUAGCCAUGAGCCCCAAGCUUGGGGAUGCUGCACAGGCCCCCCACCCCCGGCACUGGGGGAGAGGGCUGCUGAAAACAACCCCCAGUUCUGCCCACGCAGGGCCUUCCUGCCUUCUGGGGCUGAGACCUGGGUCUAGUGAUUGCAGAACAACUCCUGGCAAUUCUGUGAGGCUGUCUUCUCUUGCCCUCUGAGGACACAAGGCCUGUGCCUGUGAGCUCCUCCUUCCGUUCUGAAAACUCAGGUACGGCCUCGCCAAGCCUCUAUGCACAGCAAAGUCCCUGCCUCUACCCUGUCCACAGUGGCCUCUUCCCAGGCACCAAGCCCAGCUCCUGCCAGGGAGGCCACUGGGCACAGUCAGGGUCUCUCCUACAGGGAUGUGCGUGUUCCACCCCACAGCCCUCUUUCCCAAGUCCUCAGCAGGCCACUGUCAGGAGACCCUUGCUGUCAGCCCCUGGCCUGUGCAUCAGUGUCCUCGCUAGGGAGAGAACCCCGCCCCCUGGAGAACAGCCGUUUCUGGAGUACCCAGAGCCUGCUCACUCUGCAUCUGCCCCUCAUCACCUUACGGAGAACCACGUGAGACCCUACACGCCCCGUCCUCCGGGCAGUACUUUAUUCCAGGGACUUCAGAGCCCGUUCUUUUGCACUGACAGGCCCCGGAGGCUGGGGCUGCGUCCCACACAUGUCCACGCCACCUCUGUUGGCGCUGUGUUUUGUCUGGGACCUGUUCUCUCUCCACCCUCCAAGCUCCUCUUCCCCAUUUUCCUUAAGAACUCUCCAGAUUCAGGAUGUCGAGGCAAAGGCCCUGGGCUUAGUGAUCUCCUGGCAACCUCCCGUCUCCUGCCCACCCUCCCUGCUUUGUGGAGCCAGCUUAGUUAGGGCUAGCGCUCUAGCAAGAAGAGACACACUGGGAAGUGGGCGUGCCCUGUUCUCACUUCAGCAGAGAGCCGGGCUGGAGCUUGGUGUAGCCCAGGGAAGCUCGGGACUGGACUGCAGAGUCCUCUGCCCCGUGCACGGCCUGCACUAGCCUGAGAGAGAGCGCAGGGACACGGGACAGUUAGUUGUAAGCACCAAUAUCAACUUGACCUGUUUGGUUCUGACCUCGGGUUGUCUGUCGUCACCUAGAGUCUGCUUCCUGGCAGUUCUGUCACAGCUGCUGUUCUUGACAUCCAGCGGCUCCCGGUGGCUCCAGAGGGAAGUGGGGUUUGUUUUUGUAGGGAACUUGUGGACUAAGACUUGUCAGGGCUUUAUUAAAUUUGUACUUGAGCACA